AUGGCACAGAUGGACCUUCCACAGCUUGAUCUCCUGGCCUACACGACUGGCAAUGAACAGAGCCGCCAGGAGUUCUGCCAACGUCUGCGGGUCGAACUGCAACGGUGGGGUUUCGUGAGCCUGAUCAACUACGGCAUGCCUGCGGCAGAUAUCGAAAACCUCUUCCACCACAGCAAUAGUUUCUUCGCCAUGACAGAAGCACAAAAGAUGACUGCACCACAUCCUCCUACGGCAAAUCCGCACAGGGGUUACAGCUUCCUUGGCCAAGAGUAUACGUCGGGCCUUGGCCGGCCACGAGAGCUCAACGCACGUGGGGGACGGCGCCUGCGCGAUCUCAAAGAGACGUUCGACUGGGGCUCAAGUGAUGAUGCCCUCUACCCCAGCGUUUGGCCAGACGCACGUCUCGAACGAUGCGACAUUCCGGGGUUCCGUGCAGCUCUCGAGACCCAUUUCGUCAGAGCGCAUGAUCUUCAUCUGACCAUUCUCCGAGCUCUUGCAGAAGGUCUGGGUGCUCCCCCACAUACGUUCCUUGCUGCCCAUCAGCAGAACGAUAGCGAAGCCAGACUUGCACACUAUCCCCCUGUGCCUACCGACGAUCUCGGCGAGGAUCGUGGCACCAGCAGGAUCUGCGAGCACACCGACUCGGGCUCUGUGACUCUACUGUGGCAAGACGAUGCUGGAGGUCUGGAGAUCGAGGACCCUGUCACCCGAAGGUUCAUCGCUGUAUCAUGUCCAGCGCCGGCAGUUCUUGUGAACCUGGGAGAUGCUAUGGAGCGAUGGACCAAUGGCCUGCUUCCCGCAGCAUACCAUCGGGUGGGAAAGACAUCGUGCCCGGGCUCUGCGACUGGUGGGCAUGUGCCCGGGCGAUUCUCUAUUAUAUACUUUGGCAAGCCUGACCGCAAGGCUAGUCUAGCGCCGCUUGCGCCUUUCGUCAGCGCAGACCAACCUGCACGCUACGGGCCUGUCACUGGUGAAGAGCUGAAUCAGGGUACCUUGCUUCGCACGUAUGACGGCAGCAACACUGUAUAA